GCGGGGAUCGGGGAUGAGCGGCUCCUCCCGGCGGGUGCGACCCGCGCAGCCGCGGCCCUUGGGUUAUUCCCAAAGGGGGAUUCCUUCAGGACCUUCCCCAAGAGACGGCUGUGCUUGAUUGCGAGGGAACGGGAGCGCGAUCCCAGCUUAGUGCUGCCGCUGGGAUCUGGGUCAGGUCAAUCCUUAUCCCGAAGGUUAUUUUAUGUUACUCCCCGAGUUUCCUGGGAAUGACCUCACCUGUAAGGCAGGAGAGCUGAAGCUCAGACUCCCGGGAGGUGGGCUACACUUUCCUGGGAAUAUUCCACACUAAGGACAGUCAGAAGAAGGGACACCUGUGUCCUGCCCCCGUUACCUGAGCGCACAUUUGAGUUGUUCCGAAACGCCCCUGGAAGGAGGGAGCCCCUGUGCGGGUAAAACUGGGAUACUCCUGCCUGAUCCCUCCCCUGCGCACCCGGGCCGAGGGAACUCCGUAAUCCUGAACAACCCGCCGGACUACAACUCCCGGCGUGCUCCGCGGCGGGCGCGCGACGCUGACGUCACCUCCCCGCGACCGCUGUCUCCAUGGCGACGCUGGCGCAUCCCGGCGUCGCUCCCGCGGGAAGGUCCCGCGCGGCGUCCCGGCAACGGCGGGAACCGGGGAAGGGACACCCCGCGAUCCCCCCGGCUCCGCCGUCCCGGAUCCUUCCCUGGGAGGGAAUGCCGGCUCCGCAGUGCCGGGAAGACCCUGCGAUCCCCCGGGAAAGGAAAUCCCGGCUGCGGUGUCGCAGGAAUUCCAGGCAGGACAACAUGGAGCCUUUUCCUCUCUCUGAGCUGGGGCUUCCGACAGAAAACAAGGCUAUCCAGGGAAUUCUCUGCCCCAUGGCUGUGGAGCUCUGCCACCUCCUCCUCGCCCUGGAACGGGAAGAUGGGAUUUGUCCGGCCUUUCCCAAUCUGGGGGAAAAGGCGGAAGAAUUAGCCAAAGCCAUGGAAGAACUCGCUGCUCUGGCAAGGAGGCUGUCCGAGGAUUCCGGCCAGGAAGGGAGCACGGAGGUGUGUCCCGUGGGUGAAUCCCUGGUCCAGGCUGGGAGGGACGUGGUGCUGGCAGCAUUCCAGCUCCAGGAGCAUCCCGACAGCCCUCGGCACCGGGAGCACCUGGCAGCGGCCACCAGGAGGGUCCUGGUGGAGACAGCAAAGAUCCUUCAGCUGGAAGAGGCUGCAGGGAUGAGGAGGAUAACUGGGGCUGCCAGCUGGCUCCUGGAAUGCCUGAGAGUGCUGCGGGAUGCCCGGGACGCUCCAGGGCUGCUGGCGGCAUUCCAGGCCUUUUCCGAGGCCGUGCUCCUGCUCAGCCGCCUGGCAGCCGAGCGCCUCCAGGAACUCGGAGACUGUCCUGGCUGGAAGAGCCUGGCACAGACCCUGCAGCUGCUCCACAAAUGUGUCCCCCUCAUCCGCACAGCCAAGCACAGCGCCCUGACACAUUCCAGGGAUUGCCAAGCUGACCUCUCCCAAGAUUCUGUUUUCCAGCUGACGGAGAGGACCAUCGGGGAGCUCCUCUCCCUGCUCAUGGAGCCACGGGACAGGAGCGGGAUCUUCUCCCGGCACGUGAGCAGGCUCCAGGCUCUCCUCUCCCACCCCGACCCCCUGCACCUCUCCGAGGGCGGGUUCAGCUCCCACCUGGAAGCGGUCAUCCUCCAUGGAAUGCUGCUGGCAGAGUCAGCCAGGCUGGAUCUGCAGCUGGAGCUGGUGGAAUGCUGCUGGGUCCUGCUGCAGCUGAGGAGGAGCAUCUGCAGCCACAUGAGCCAGAGAGAGGAACAGCCAGGACCGAUCCAGGGAGAACACGGACUGGAGCGGGAAUGUCACAGCCUGAGGGCCGAGCUGGAAAACCUGGAGCGGGCAGUGCUCAGGGCCACGCUGUGCCAAAUCCUGGAUGGAUUCUUCCAGGAGAAGGAGCCGCUGAGGCAGCUGGUUGAAGGUGCCCUUAGCCUUGUUGGUUCUGGAUGUUUUCCAGCAGGACCAGGAGGGAUUUUAAGGAAGCUCCAGCCCCUCAUUGCUGCCUUCUUUGCCCAGGCCCAGCGGAUGCUCCGAGCGGCCGAUCUGGUCCUGGCCAGGUGCGCCAAGGCCCAAACUGCCAGGGAAAUCUGGGAGGGCGUGGAGCACCUGCGGAGCCUCCUGGCCAGCCUCCCUUCCCUGCUCAUGGAAACAAGCGGGAAUGCCAUGGAGCAGCUCCAGGCCCUGCGCUGUGCCUGGGCCAGAGCCACCGACCGCCUCCUGUGCUGCUUUGAGGAGACUGUCAGCAUGGGGGAAUUCCUUGAGUUAUCCAUCCUGGAGCUGGCCAAGCACAGGGAAUGGUGCGCAGCGGCGCUGGAGUGCCGGGAUCCCGAGGGAUUCUCCUGGCACGCUGCUCGCCUCACAGGCUGGGCCCGCUGGGUGCUUGGAGCCACCACCCGGCACGUGGACAGGGCCACGGAUCCCAUCUUCAGGAACGGUUUGCUGGUGUGGGUGGAGCGAUUGGCCAAGUCCAUCCUGGAGCUGGGAGCAGUCACGGCCCUCCUUCCAGGAAGGUUUUCCUGCCUGCAAAGCCGGGAUGCCUUUUCCCAGGCAGCGAGCUCCCUGAUGGACUCCGCUCUCCGUGUCCAAGCCGGGCUGGAUGGGUCCAACCACCCGGAGAUCCUCAGCCCGCUCCGGGAGCAAGUGAGGAGCUCCAAGGUGGAAAAGGGGCUGGAGCUCAGCCCAUCCUACACUGGGAUACGAACCAGUACGGAUGAGGCAGCGUUCCAAGGAGGCAUCCAAAGUCACCCAUCACACCUGGAUCCACACCCUGUCAUCGCAGCUCUCCUGGGAGCAUCCCGAGCCGGUGACAUGGACACUGUCCGUGCUGCUUGCUCCGUCCUGCUGGAGCUCGCCGAUGGCUGUGUGGAAGCAGCACGGGAGGCGCUGCCCGUGGCCGAGCCCCCCCAGCUCCGGGUGCUGGAGCAGCACCGGGAUAUCACAGCACUGACCUCACACAUCGUCAGCCUGGCCAUGGAAACGGCCCCCAGGCAGCCCCCGGCUCCAGGCAGCCUUCUCCAAAUGGCACUCAGGCUCUCGGGAAGGAUCCACCAGACUCGGGAGUGCCUGGCAGCCGUGGCAGGCUCUUGGAAUGGUCUGGCCCAGCAAGUGCUUGGGUUUAUCCUGUCGGAUGACUUUCCAAGAGGGAAGCAGGCUUUGGAUGAGACCAUGCUGGGUUUAGCAGGUGCAGUGCAGCUGGCAGGAGACAUUGCAAGCAUGGCCUGCAGUAAGGAAAAUCCCAGUCCCUCCGAUGUCCGGGAGAGCUUUCUGCAGCUCCAAGACAAGUUCUCCUGUGCUCAGCUGAACACCAAAGUGUUCCUGGAGCAGGCAGCGUCCUUCAGGGAAUCCUGUGGGAUGGAAAAGGCCACCCUGGAGCUGCAGGGAGUCCGGUGGGCCGUUGGCAUGUGUGUCCUGCUGGAUGCCGUGGAUCAGUUUGUGGGCAGGGAUGUCCUGUUCCUGAGGGAGCUGAGCAGAGCCGUGAGGAACAAGGUUGGCCCACGGAGCCUUCUGGCUGCCAUGGCUGAGAAUUCCCUGAGGCUGCAGGAGGCCGCCCGGCUUUCCUACUUAUCCUGCCCUGGAGACCGCGGUGCCAGAGAAAUCCUGGCGCUCCGGGAGGAAAUCCAGGUGCUCAUGGAAGCACUGCUGGAUGUGUCCAACACCCUCCUGCUCUCCGCGCUGCCUGCUGCCAGCUUGGCCAUCCGCUUCGAGCUCCUGCGCAGGGAUGUGGCCCUCAGGGCCAAGGCAUUGUUGCUCCACAUGGAAAGGGUCAACAUGGAACAGCUGCAGCUCAUCCAAGAUGUGGUUGGAGCAUCCCUGUCCACCCUCUCCCAAGAGGAAAGGGAGAGGAGCAAAGAGGCCUUUGAGGAAAAGGCCACUCGGCUCAUGGCUGAUGUCCAGUGGGUCAGGAACACCCUCCAGGAUGCUCCAGAGGCUGGGGCUCAACUUCCACCGCAGCCCGACCUGCUGUCCGUGGCUGACCACCUCCUGCUCCUCACGGCUGACGUGGUGGGAAGCACCCGGCGGCACUUCUGGAGCCACCAGGACACUGGGAAUCCCUGCCAGGACACGGGGGAUCCCCGGCUGGACACGGUGGCGUGGUACUGGUCAGCCAAGGCACACUACCUUGUCACGCAGCUCCGGCUUAUCCAGGGAAUGGACAGGGACAUCCUGCGGCGCCUCACAGAAUGCCUGCAGCGGGAGCGCUUCCCGGGAUCACCCAACGGCACAGCCGGGCUCUCCCCAGCCCCAGAGCCCAGUGAGGCAGCGGGAAUUCAUCCACGCAGGAGCGGAGAAGCGAGCGGAGCCGUGCGGGAAGUGGGUGAGCUGAAACACCCAGGUGGAGGAGACCACUCGGCAUCGCUGCGUCCACACGUUCCAGGCUUGGAAUGUGCUCCGUCAUUGUCCCGACAGCACCGGGAUGGCCCUUCCAGCAUCUCCCCUGCAAAGCAGGAGAGAGGGAACUGUGACACGCGGCAGGGUGGCCCCAGCAAGGUGUCCCAGGUCACCCAGGACAUGGCCACGAGGAUGCUCCACAUGGCUCAGUUCCUGCGGAGGAAGGGCCCCAUUGCGAGCAAGGAGCAGUUCGUUGCCUGUGCCAGGCGGAUGGCUGCCGACGGGCAGGUGGUUGUUAAGUUUGGGAACAUCCUCGCCAAGCACUGCCUGGAUCGGAGAUGCUCCAUGGAGCUGCUCCGCGCUGCCGAGCACACCCAAUCCGUCAGCAGCCAGCUCGGCAUCGUGGCCAGGGUGAAAGCAGUGACUGGGGAGAGCAAGGCCUCCUCUGAGCUGCUGCUGAGCAACGUGCAGAACCUCAUCCGAGCGGUCCAGCACGUCCUGAGGGCGGCCGAGGCGGCGUGUGUCAAAGGUUUGGGACAAGCCUCAGUUGACCCUGAAGAAGAAGAAGUUGCUGCUUUCUGCCAGCAGUGGAGGAAAAACCUGACACAGCACAGAGCCAAGGAGGCUUUAAAUUCCGACCGGGAUGAAUUAGGGCUCCGGAAAACUCGGGGGGCAAAGGCUGAGCCCACCCUGAUGUCUCUGGUGCAAGAACAACCCUCUCAGAGCAGGAAUAUCCCAAAGCAUCCCAGUCCUAGGAAAGGACACACAGUUAUGGACAGACACCUGUAAAUCCAGAGAGGGGUGCCUUGUCCCCAUGGCGUUGGCAGCAGAGGAGGAGUAUUUUGCAGUGUGAAGGAUUCAUGCUGGGAGUUCUUCAUCGUGGCAGGAAAAUCCUGGAACAGGCUCCAUGGGGAGGCCAGGAAUCUUCUGGUGAGUGUUUUACCCCCAGGUGGUGAGAUGGGAUGGAUGGGGCUCGGAGCAUCCUGAUCCAGUGGGAGGUGUCCCUGCCCACGGAAUGGGAUGAGUUUAACGUCCCUUCCCACCCAAACUAUUCCAGGAUUCUGUGACCCAGAGGUGCUCAGGCUUUCUGCAGCCUUCCAACCUUUCCUCCUUCACAUAUCCAGGGAUACAGCAGUGGGGAGCAUUUUGCCUCACCUGCUGCCCCUGAUCCUUCCCAAAAGGAUGAUUUCUUCCCAAAAUCCCACUCAGCCCUAGGAUUCUCUCCUAUCCAGAGUGAACAUUCAAUCCCCACGAUCACCCACCUCACAGCUUCCAGAGUAUCCCAGACUGGUGGCACAGCUGCUCCUGUAUCCUGGCUCUCCACAUCCAUCCUUCCCAGCCUCAGGGUCACGAGUUGUCUGAUGCUGCUCCAUGCUGGAACUCUGCAGGAGAGGUGGAAAGGAGCCUCCCCUGUGGAAUACACAAUCCAACACCACAUGGUGGAUGGUGCAGCCAUGGUGGCUGCAGCCCAUUCCAGCCCACCUUGGUGUUCCCACCUGCAUCCCUACCACCUUCCCCAUCCAGGAAUUCCAUUACUUGCGUGCUAGCAAGGAAUCUCCUCUGUGUUCCAAGGAAAAGCAGCAGCAGGCACAGCGGAGACUCUGGGAAGCAAUCUGCAAUGGAUAAAGCAGGCAGCAGGGGUGGAUGGAGGAGCCAAGCAGCUGGAAUGAAGGAAGGAAGGCAGGAAGGCAGGAAGGAAUUACACAUGGAGACAACAGGCUGUGAGGACUCACAGGCCUUUGUAUCCAUGUCCUAUAUUUCCACACUGUUUUUCCCUGCUGGCUUGGUUUUUUGAGGAAAACCUUGACCAGCCACACCAGUGAGAAGACAAAGAAACAAUGAACUAAUAAUAAAGGACUAAUGGAUUAGCUCAAAAUAACAACCCAGUUCCACGUCUACUCUCUACUUUUCCUGCUCAAAAAAAAAUCGUAAAAUUAAAAGAAUUCAUGCUCUGGGAAAUCAGGAAGGCAAAUUGAAACCGUGAUUGCCUUCGGAGAUGCCUCCUCUGCCGUGCAGAAUCACCAGCUUCCCUCACUCGGCUCAUCCAUGCAAGGCAAAACCCCAGAAUGUGGGAUAAACACUGCUGCCCCAGUGGAAGCACCACCUGGCCAACAAACAAGAGGAAAAGGUCCAGGACCAUACUUGGCCAAGAGACAGAAACCCAGAAGAAAAGGCCCACCAAGGAAAAGACUUAAAGCAGAGAAACAUUCCAAAGGGGUGGGAAGCAGACGGUUGAUUGAGCAGCCGGCACGUUUUCAUGGAAAGGCAGCUCUCCACGUUUCCUCUGGAGAAAAAGCAGCCCCAAAGGCAGGACAAGAGGUUUGGAGGACACCUGUGCUCUCUCACACAAAACCUGGGGAAUUCAAGACAUGCAGGAUGUUCUGUGAUGGAAAAUGGCGACUGUCUCCAAGAAACCUCAGGACUAGGUAGGGGAUUACAUUCAAAUCCCACACACCAUCCCAAAGAAGCCCGGCUUUAGUCCCCCUCAUCCCAGCUGCCACCGUACGCACACGGAGUCAUCACCAGGAUUAACUGUACCCUUUUUAAUUGUUUUGUUAAAAAUGUCGUCGAGACACCAUGAAUACAAGUACUGCAGUUACAGCCAUACAAAAAAAGCAAUACAAAUUAAGCAGCUGAAUACAAAAAUACGUUGAAAUACAUGAACACCACAAUGGAACUCGGAGCACUAAAUCCCAAUCGUGUAGGUGUGGAAAAAAAUUAAAUAAAAACCUUUUAUUUUUCUCGUAUUAGACAACGUAGUUUUCUCCACUUUGAACAGUUGCUUUUGCUAGUUAUGUACU